AUGAAAGCUAAUGGUUUUCAAGAUACAGCUUGUCAAAAAGUAAUUGAUGAACUUAUUAAAUGCUGCAGAAUUUGGAAAGCUGAAUCAUUAGUUUGUUCUGGGAUUGAUAUAAGUAAAGAAAUAAAAGAUGACAAACCCAGUGAAAAAGAAGCCAAUAUUAAAAAAUGA